UUCUCGCGAUUUUGCUAAAAGUGAAAUGAACGAUUUGCUCAUGGAUUCUUCGGAAAGUGAGAAAAAUAUAACAAUUUUGUGGACGAACUUUGAUGCUGCUGAACCAACAGGAACGCCAGAAUGGGUCAAAAGAGUCCUUCUAUUCAUUUUCGUUGGUGUCAUUUGCGGCGGUUUAUACUACUGCCUGUGCAAAAGGCGCCCCAGAGAUUCUAGCAACCAGCCUCACGAACGGACUAACAUCGUGGGAAAUUCCGGCAAUCAGACAUCCCCAAGGAGGCGGUUUUUCAUCUUAAGAGAGAUUCAAAUCUAUCUACGUCAGAAUCCUCAGAAUGACCCCAUGCCAAUGCCAUCCAUGGUGCCCACUGCGCCUCCGGAACAUCCACCUCCGCCCGCAGAUGAUGCAAAACCACCGUCUUAUGAACAAGUCACACAAGUCAUGGGAGAUAAGAACGGAUAA